AUGACCUUUGGAUCUCAUUCUCAAGGCCCUGACGACGUGCUAAGAGGUACCGUUCUUGGAGUUUUGUGUGUCCGACGGAGAUGGAAUAAUGCAUCAGAUCGCCUGGGCCUGGAGAUGCUUGUGAACCACUCUAUGGGUGGGACCUGCUUCUCCCGCACCAGUUUGAAUGAAGGCAGAAGGUCUCUUAAAAUUGAUGAUGAUGAACCUCAUACUUCUAAGAGAGAUGAAGUCGAUCGAGCUGUAAUAUUGUUUAAGCCAAUGGUAUCAGAGCCAAUUCAUAUACACAGGAAAUCACCACUUCCAAGGUCCAGAAAGGUGACUCCAGCUGAGGAAGAGAGCCCCCUGAGUGUGUCUAGCCCAGAGGGCACUGGCACCUGGCUGCAUUAUACCAGUGGUGUGGGUACUGGGCGUCGAAGACGCAGAUCAGGGGAACAAAUCACCUCUUCCCCUGUCUCCCCCAAAUCAUUGGCUUUCACAUCCAGUAUUUUUGGCUCAUGGCAACAGGUUGUAUCUGAAAAUGCCAACUAUCUUCGAACACCAAGGACACUUGUGGAACAGAAGCAGAACCCAACUGUAGGGUCUCACUGUGCGGGCCUGUUUAGCACCUCAGUGCUCGGGGGUUCUUCAAGUGCACCUAACCUACAGGAUUAUGCUCGUACUCAUCGUAAAAAGCUGACCUCUUCUGGCUGCAUAGAUGACGCCACACGCGGUUCUGCUGUUAAAAGGUUUUCUAUCUCAUUUGCUCGACACCCAACCAAUGGCUUUGAGCUGUAUUCCAUGGUACCAUCCAUCUGUCCUCUGGAAACGCUUCACAAUGCCCUGUUUUUAAAGCAAGUGGAUGAUUUUCUUGCUUCCAUUGCUUCUCCAUCAACUGAAGUUCUGCGCAAGGUCCCUGAAAUGUCCUCUGUGGCCUCGCGUUCCAGUCCAGGAAUGCGAAGAAAAGUCUCCUUAAAUACAUACACACCUACAAAGAUUCUCCCAACACCACCAGCUACCUUAAAGAGCACCAAAGCAAGCAACAAAGCAGCAGUCACUGCUCUGUCUCCGGCAGUGGCUUCUCAUGCCUCAACUCGGAAGAAGAGCUUACCUGGAAAAACUGAGGGACAUGAACACAAGAAAGGCACUGGGAAGAAAAGAUGAAUUCACGCCAGAACCAGAAGUUCCAGUACUUAGAAAGGGACCUGUUGCUGAGUGAAAGAUGUGUAAGAAACCUUGACUGAAGCUGCUCAGAGCCAGUGAUCCAUGUAUUACCAUGCUUUACUUUGUACAUUUGUAUAUUUCUUUAAACUCCUUGAAAGCUAGAGCACCCUCUGUUUUUAUUCAGACAAGGAGCUUUGGCAUGAUUUAGAAAUGUUCAAAAUAAUGUCUGUCCACUUUAUGUGUAUAACAGAAUUCAUGACAACUGCUGUAGCUGUCACUGUGAUGAUUACCAUGUGCCUGUUGCAAAGACAAAGGACCCAGAAAUCCGGCUGACUGGCACCAAAGUGUACUCUCACCAGGUGCCUCUGCACACACUUGCGUUUCUACAGGGUUGUGCUUAGUAAGACUGGGCGGGCAAGAUCACAUGUGGAUGACUUUAAUUUAAAGUACCUUUCCAAAGAGAUCUCAUUGACCAUUACAUUGGAAUUUUUGUUAUUGUUACAGUAUCAUAUGCUGCAAUAUUUAUUAACUGUAUUAUAUAAAACAUGAAUUAUUUUUUUCAAUUUGUGCUUUAACUUUUUUAUUGUGAAUUAUUUAAAAUAUUACAAAUACAGGUGGGAGAACUAUACCUUUAUACACAUAAAUUUACAAAUUAUUUCGUAGAAAAUAUUUUCUUUGUACAUUUCUUUACCAUAAAGGGUACUUGGUUCAUCAAGAAAAAAUUUGUUUUCUGUAUUAAAAAGAUAGGUAUUUUUAGAGUUUCUUUAUGAACUGUAACUGAUAAAUUUGUAAAUCUUAUACUUGAUUAUGAGAGUUUUUCUUGAGACCUCUGGACUCAGAUCUAAAAUGGGAGUUGUCAAUGUUAAACUAAAUUCUUCAGUUAAUAACUGUCAUCUAUAGUGUGUUUCUUGUGUUUUCGUUCUUAUGUCCAAUGUAUUUGUUGAUUUCACCAAGAAAACUCAAAGACUGAACAUUUGUAGUAAGUAAAUACUGUUUACAAAUGAUGAGAUUUGGAAGAAAGAUUGAGGUGACUGUUGUAAUUUCAUCUAUUUUUUUUUCUUUUAGAAAAAAAGGGAAAGAAAUUAUUAUCUUGGUGCUUUUAUCCCUUGAUGCACAAAUAAUUGUGUGAAACAGUUGAUAUUAUUUACAAACUAAACAGUGCAGUAAAAAUCCCAAGGAUUAGAUGCGAUAUGAUUUAAAGUAGUAAGCUGUACCUUCAAGCUUAUGUUUAGAGCAACUACUAGACCCUUAAAGUAUAAAUACAGCUAUUGUAAGUCUUCAAAAGAGACUUCAAACCUUAAAUCAUCUUAUGAACUGACUUCUAGAGAAUAGGCAUAUUAUCUUGGUUGUUUAAAAAGGGAUGAAAUACAAAAGUUACAAAUAUAUACAGUUAAAUAAGUUCAUAUACUUCACUUGAAUGUAAAUGGAUUAUAUGGUGAUAUCUUGUAAACAAUUGAAUGUAUAUAAGUUUUCUGUAUGUGAAUACAUGAUUAAUGUGCUCAUUAUGGGUGGGGGCUGAGGAUACUAUUAUUUUUUAAGUGGAAUGAAUAAAAUUCUUUCUAGAAUAAGAGUGACCUGAA